AUGGAUCCAGCGGCUGAAGCUGUGGCAAAAGCUGCUGCAGCGGAAGCCGUAGAUUUCGAGCUACAGAAAAAAUACAAUGCUGCGUUCUUUCAGUAUACCAGAGCUAUUCGACUUUUCCUGGAAAUUGCGCGUGAUGACUCGAGUGUAACCGACGCGCGUCGGAUGGCUGAGCGCUGCUUGGAACGUGCCAAGCGAUUAAGGGAUGCAGGACGUGUCCCCAGAGGGUUGGGCACUAAAGCUUGGCCUCCAUUUUGGAGCGAAAAUGAACAUGUGCCGGUGGAGCCAUCCCCGGAACUCUCCCCGCAACAAAUAGAGCAAGGCGCACAGCUGCAGUCUUUGCGGGACUUUCCAGUAUACCGAGCCGACGUGCGACUUGUUGGCGGUGAUAUGCAACAAGGUUGUGUCUCGGAUUGCUCCUUUAUCACGGCACUAGAGAUUGUGGCAGAGCAUAAUGCUCGUUGGGGUACGAAUUUGGCAUGCAAUAUGCUGUACCCCCAGCAGGACUGUGUGCCAUGUGCAAGUCCCGAUGGGACGUAUAAGGUCAAGCUGUAUAUGCACGGAAGUUUGCGUUGUAUUCAUAUAAACGAUAUGCUUCCAGUAAGUCGGGACGGGCUGUGGCUUUGCACAAAGCCGCGGCACAAGACACAACUAUGGCCGGCGCUUCUAGAAAAGGCGUACCUCGUUGCCAAGCGCAGUGGCUAUGCAUUUCGAGGCUCACAUUCGAGCAUGGAUCUUUACAUGCUUACAGGAUGGAUACCUGAAUACAUACCCAUGGACGAGCCUACUUUCCAAAGCGAAAAGACAUGGAUGCGCUUGUACGAAGCAUGGCGGCGUGGUGAUUGUAUGGUGGCUCUUAGUACGAACACUGCGGUUGAUUAUGCCGAUUUAGAACCGUUGCAUUGCUAUGGAAUCUUAGCACUAUCUGCGCAAGGACAAGAUCGUAUCGUGACGAUCAUCAAUCCGUGGAAAACAAGUGACGUCUCCCAUCGCGUCACCAUGAGCUGGGCUGACGUGCGUCAUGCUUUUGAUGCUUUACUCGUAAACUGGAAUCCUUCUCUAUAUCCAGAAAUGCAAUCUAUCCAGGGUGUGUGGGAAGCCCAAUCUGACUCGGCCGUGCGCCUGGAUGAUGUUCGAACGGCACAAACGGAGCAAUACCAUCUCUUGCUACAACAUGUGGUCGAUCGGCCUAUUUUGCUCCAUCUUGAGCGGGAUGCAUCCAUAUGCGAUGAAUUUGACGAGCAAGAGUACACUGCGCUUCAUGUGUAUCCCACUUUGUCCUCUCAACGUCGAGCAGACACCGAGACUGGCGGUAUGAUGGGCGUAUAUAUGAACACGGCGCACACGCUUUGCACGGUUGAGCCCCAGGACUGUACUCAGUAUACCAUCGCUGUUUCUCGGCAUGGUACGCAGAUUCCUAUGCCGUACACACUAACGGCCUAUGCGACCUGUCCUAUGGAAUUUCGUGCACUGCCCCAAGCCUGGUCACACCGCGCCGUGUUUCACGGCACAUGGCGUGCGCCACUGCAUGCAGCCGCGCCUGACGAAUGGUAUCAGCCACAGUACCGUCUCACGGUACAGGAAGAUACGUUCCUUCCUCGCAUCCAGCUUAUGCUCACCACUGUACUGACAGUACCGGUACGCCUCACAUUAUGUCGCAGUGGUGAGCGCAUCCAUUGCCUUUCCACGGCGUCCAAGACGUCCUGUACAGGAAACUUUUCACGCGGUAUGGUUGUAUCUGAUAUUCAGGCCUUGCAGCCAGGUACAUACACCCUGCUUCUAUCAGCGUCUCAGCCCCAUAUGCACGUGGGGCAGUCGUAUGCACUCACUGUGGAAAGUUCUGUGCCCGUCCAUGUCGAAGGUCUGCCAGCGAUUGGUGCCGGCAUGUAUCACCGCAAGGCGCAUAGUCCUGCGUCGUGUGUGUGGAAGCUCGAUGUGCCUCGCCGUAUGCCUCUGAUGGUCUGUGCGGCUCAGGAUGCCACAGGCCCAUUGUGCGUUUCCAUCACGACACAUUCCCAUGAGCUGGCUACUGCACAUGCAGUUGAUGAUACCCAUUAUGUAUUCCUCUCUACUACCCCGCUGGAAGCGGGUACGUAUCUCCUCCGCGUCCAUGGCAUGGCCCCCGUCCAUGUGGAUAUGUUUGGUGCCCAGCCAGUGACAUUAGCUCCACAUAGCUCAGAGUUAUUGUAA